GUAAAUAACGUAAAUAACUAAUAAAUAAAAGUAAAACUAUAUAAAAACGAAAAUCGAAAAGUCGAAGAGAAAACAAAAAGAUAUAAUUUAUAAAAUAAAUAUAUCGGGCUGCAGGCACACUUGCCUUCUCAGCGCGAGUGUCCCUUUCUUGCUCAGCUUCUAGCAACUAAUUGUUAUUGUCCAUAAUAAAGACGAAAAGGAAGCAUACAUCCUCUUUGAUAAUUGCCAAUAAGAAGUUAACUAAUCUCAACAUGAAUGCCUUUGUGCGAAGUUAUAAAAAGGGUGGCCUGAAUAAGCAUGUUCCUUUGCCCUCAAAGAAAUGUUCACACUAUCUUCUUGGAGUGUAGGAAACUUGGCGAAGAUAUGACCGCCAAUCACAGGCCCUUGGAUGAAAUAGAUAUCAGUCUGAUAGAAUUUAUUAAACUCUCGCCCUGUUUGUAUAAUAACCGUCAUCCGGAUUUUCGAUCGGUUCACAAGAAAAAUUUACAAUGGAGCCGGGUGGGUACCAAUAUUGGUAUGUCUCCACAGGAAGCCCGCAAGCGCUGGACUGCUCUUAGGCGCCGCUAUGCCAGAGAGCUGAAACAAGUGAAUCAUAAUCCAACAGACAAGUCGUAUGGCCAAAGUGAUUUCUUUUGUCGAAUGGAUUUUUUGCGUCAUUUUAUAAAGAAACGUCCGGUGCGCAAUGAUGUUGUGGAUAGGACAACAACGAGUUUGUGUAGUGCGGACACUGAAAAUAUGGAGAUGAAACCUGAAAUAUAUAUUGUUGAUGACGAAGAUGAUUAUUCGGAGGACAGUGGGCUAAGGGCUACAGAGACCGAGAUAAGAUGUCCAUCACAUAGGGAAGAGGAUAAUGCUACUCACUGUUCGGAAAUGGAAAAUAAUGUUGGCGAUGAGCAUUUUAGUGAAACUUCGGAAAAAGUUAUGGAGGCUCAAGACGCUUCAUGUACUUCUUCAACAGCUAAUAUCCCUUGUAUUGCAGAGACAGAUCUAACGGGAAAUACACCACAAGCCAUGUACCCCAAGGAACAACAUUUCUCAGCCACACCAGACAUUCCAGCCAAUGCGGAAAUGGCUAGUGAGGACUCGUUUUCCAAAGUAAUAGCUUCGUAUUUAAAAAAUCUAUCGCUACGUUAUAAGAUUAAGGCCCAAGUUGAAAUGAUGCAAGUAUUAGAGAAAUAUAUUGAUAAAGAAGAAAGCGAACGUUUGUCAUAAGUAUUUUUUAACAUUUAGCAAAAAUAUAUUCUUAAAUAUAUAUAUAAAUAUAUAUAUGUAUAUAUAAAA